GAGAUGGUCGCGCUGGGCAAGAUAGUCAAGCCCCAGGCGGCCGCCGCUGCGGAAUGCAACUGGAGCAACGAACAUCUCCGCCUUCCUCCGCUGCCUCCGUCAUCCCUGCCUGGCUGCAACAUCAUCGACAUCGUUUAUCAUCUAUUGUUUUCCGUGAGUUUCAAAGGAGCAACUUCAGACCUGGAGCUGAAAUUACCCAUAGUGGUCGGCACCAUACCCACAGCGGUCAGUGGGUCAUUGCCCACUGAACCAGCGGAUGCCUCCGGACUGUCCGCAGCCCCGCCUCCCCUUCCUGGGGGAUGUGAGGGAAGUGAAGCCUCACAGGGGCUCCCCCUGGGACUGCCCCUGCCCAUGGCUCCACCGACCUACCAGCAAGCCACCGCAGCCUGGGUCUCUGAUGCGAUGGAAGACGUCGGUGGCGUCCCAGCGUCUUCUGAAGGUGGUGCUGCAGAAGACACGCAGGCUUCCGCCCCUCCCGCUACCUUCUUGCCCUUCUACGUCACCUACGACUUCCAGGACCCCUCUUCCCCAGCUGUUCCCCAGCAGAGCCUCCUCAAACCUCCCGUGUCGUGAGCCGCUGCAUAGUGAUGGAUCAACAGGCGCGAAUGUGAUUUAUUUGUUCCACCGUGUAAGAGAUCUGAUAAAAGAUACUGAUUAUCAAUUAUUCGAGGAAAAUUUUACCGCAAAUAAUUUAUGCUUUAGCGUACGCAAUUAUUUACAUUGUAGUAGGAAUUUCACCUUCCAUUGAAAUAAUGGCGUUUUAGUGUCAUCAUCAAUUACGAAAAUGAUGUCUUCAAAGGUCAAUUCUUGUUAUGUUCUGCAAAUAUGCUGCUUUUCCGACUACCUGCUUUUCAACACAAACUUGUGACUCAGAAUUUUGAAGUGUGAAUUUUGUAAAUACCAUUCGAUACAAUCAAUUUGGUCAAAAUGAACUUCUAUUGCUGAUUCUUCAAAAGAUUUUGUAAUUCUAUCUCAACACCAUUUAACCGAUUUUACUAACAUACUGAGAACGACUUUCAAUGGCGGGAGAAUUUGGUGGCAAUUACUUCAUACAGUCGUUUCUUUUCUCAGAUUUUUUCCAAUUUUAUGAGGCCUAUAGCCCUCUACGACAUUAAACGCCUUAAGACUUAGUGGGACAAAUUUGUCAACAAGUUAGUAUAAGUAGAGAAAUUAGGUGUGUGGAGCCUAGUUAGCGAGUGUGCAUGAUUCCUGCGUCACUACGCACGCAAUCAAUUAGACGCGAUCCAACACCAAUUAAGAUAGUAAGGGUUCAUCAAACACCAAGAUAGUUCAAGGCUCAAUUGCAUAGUUUAGCUCUUAGAAAUUGUGUAUAAUAAUUUUAACAUGCUUAAUGUCAUUGUUGACUUACAGUUAAAAAUAAUGUCCAUCCAUCGUACCGUUCCCUUGUUUCUAAAAUGUUCCAACAAAAAAAAAUACAUUUUCAGCUAAUUAAACAUUUUAAGAUCCUAGAUGCUCUAAGAUAUAAGAUGCAGGUUAGCUAUUAUAUCAUCUAUCUAACCUUUAUCAAUAUAUAUCAAUAAAAUAAGAAUAUAUACUAGCCAUUAUUAUUAGGACUAAUAGAUCAGAGAGCUACAGUUGUGAUAUGAAAAUAAACCCUACAAACCAA